UUAUCUCUAAAACGGCUUUUUACACACAGCCGUCGAUUGUGAGUAGUGCAUACUGCAUAAACGUUUUGGCAGUGUUGAAAAGUGUUUGUUUGCCAGUUACUUAUCGCCAGGUAACCUCUAUUCCUUUUUGUCAGCAUCGUCGUAAUUCAAAGGUCGAACAAAAUGUAUCAACCGGAAACAAGUUAUGAAGAAUUUCUGAAGUCAGAACAAGAAAAAUAUCCGGAAUUAAAUUUAAAAGACAUCGAAGAGUUAAAAGAAAAGUUGAAAGCAAACGAUGACUUACCUCCUAUACGAGAUAAAUUAAUCGUCAUGUUCCUCCAUAGUAGUUACUUCAAUGUCGACGAGGCGUACAAAACAAUCACUAAUUAUUGCAAAUACCGUAAAGAACUACCUCAAGUUUUUGAAAAUUAUGAUCCAUCGUCCGAAGAGAUGAAACAGGUAUUCGAAAACAUGAGCAUUUGCAUAGUGUUAAAUCCCAGUUCUGGCAAACAAGAGCGCCUCCUAUACACAAAUUUCAAAAAUACCGAUCCUCGAGAAUACGACUACGUGCGUUGUUGUAGAUAUUUUUUUAUGAUGUUGGAAUAUUUGAUGGUUACAAGUGGUACAUUCGACGGGGUGGUAUUGACAAUGAACAGCAAAGGUGUAAGUUGGCGGCAUAUCACUAAGACGCCGAUGAAUACAAUGAAAAAAUUACUAGGAUUCGUACAAGAGGCAUUGCCAGUGCGACUUAAAGAAGUGCAUGUCUUAAAUGCUGGCUCAAUAAUUACUAUGCUGUUCAACAUAAUCAGACCAUUUAUGAGAAGUAAUCUAAUGAACCUGUUGAAAAUAUUUCCAGAGGAUUCGACAGACAUUUUCAAUCAUAUGCCCAUCGAUAUAAUGCCGCAAGAAAUUGGGGGUAAUGGAAAAUCACAUUAUGAAUAUUGCGAAGAAACGUACAAACAAAUGAUUUCCGCUCGUGAUUAUAUUUUGUCCCUGAAAUAGUACUUCGAUUUUUUUUAAUAAUGGGCUAACAAAGAAAUUAUACAUGAUAUAUGGUACGGAGUAGAUAUUAAUACAUUAAUAGAGUAUUUUAACAUUUUUAGUUGAGAUUAUAGAACUUUGUAGAAGCAAUUUAAUACAUUUAUGAUGGGUCACACUAACGUCUAUCGGAAUUCAAUGAAACCUUAAAUACAAUACUUUUUAAAAAAAAAAAAACGAUAAAAAAAAUGACUUAUUCAAUAGAGUUUUUCAAAAUUUUGUGUAGGUACAUCUAAGUUAUAAAUAUUAUUUAAUGUAUUUAUUUU